AUGAACAUCAUCUCGAAUGCCAUCAAAUACACCAAGAAGGGUUACGUCAGAGUUAACUGUGAUUUGGCAAAUGACGAAGACUUGAAAAGUUUUGACAACCAUGAAAUAAUGAUUGACGAGCAUAAUGAAAACAUGAUACCUCAGGAUCAAAAGAUCUUUGUGAAACUUGAAUUUAUUGACACUGGUUGUGGUAUUUCUCAAGAACAAAUUCAGAAAAUUUUUCAACCUUAUCAUAUCAUUGAUGAACAUCAACAAAAUGAAGAUUUCUCCCUGGGAUUUGAGCAAUACUUUAACCAUUCAGAAUAUGAACAAGUUAAGCGAUGGUGGAAGCAGCUUGAUUAA